AUGUCCUUAGAGAAAGAUAACAAACUAAAACUUGAGAAUGUCGAUGAUUUAUCAUUCUCCACUGAUGAAUAUUUGAGAAAAGAAAUAGAAGAAGAAGAAGAUCAUGAUAUUAAUUAUAGAAAUUGUUCAUGGCAGAAAACAGCAGGCUUAUUAUUUAGUGAAUACAUCUGUCUUGCUAUUAUGUCUUUCCCUUGGAGUUAUUCUGUAUUAGGAUUAGGUCUUGGAUUAAUUGUCACCGUUAUUGUGUCAUUAUUAUGUUUAUACACUGGGUUGAUUAUUGCUGAUUACUGUGCCGCCUAUCCUCAUUUAACUGAUGUAUGUGACAUUGGACAACACUUGAUUGGACCUAAAUGGGUUUGGUAUGUCACUGCUAUUGCUUUUUUAUUAAACAAUACUUUGAUUCAAGCAUUACAUGUACUUGUCGGAGAAAAAUAUUUCAACACCAUAAGUGAUAAUAAAACUAUAUGUUCUAUUGUAUUUGGUGUUGUUUCAGCCAUUGCAUGUUUUUUGUUUUCAUUGCCUAGAACAUUUAGUCAUAUGUCAGUAGUUGGAUAUUUCUCAGCAGCUACCAUGUUUGUUGCUGUUAUUUUAUCCAUGGUAUUUGCAGGAAUUCAAAAUCAUCCUUCUGACUACGAUGAAAGCACUCCAGUAGUUUGGCACGCAUGGCCCGAAAAUGAAAAUUAUGUCAACAUCAUGUCUGCCGUGUUAAACAUUGUAUAUACAUUUGUUGGACAGAUCACUUAUCCUUCAUUUAUUUCUCAAAUGAAACAACCAAGAGAUUUCAAAAAGGCUUUGGUGGUGGUUACUAUCUGUGAAUUGAUUACUUUUGCUUUAGCUGGUUCCAUUGUUUAUGUUUAUGUUGGUAAUGCUUAUAUUACAGCACCAGCAUUUGGAUCAUUGUCGGGUAAUUUCAAGAAAAUUGCAUUUAGUUUUGCUUUACCUACAAUAAUCUUCCUUGGAUCUUUAUACAGUAAUGUUUCCUCACAAUUCUUAUUCCAUCAUAUUUUCAACAAAGAAAGUAUCCAUAGAAAUAGUCAUACUAUUGUUGGUUGGUCAACUUGGGUUGGUUUGAAUGGUGGGUUAUGGAUUAUAGCAUUUAUCGUUGCUGAAGUCAUUCCAUUUUUCAGUGAUUUGUUGAGUUUAAUGUCGUCAUUGUUUGAUUGCUUUUUUGGAUUUAUAUUCUGGGCUUUGGCUUAUUUUAAAUUGAAGAAGUUAUACUACUAUAAGAAAACCGGGGAACAAACAACGUUGCUUCAGUUAUUUAGAGAAGGUAACUUGAUUACCAAGAUAGAAUUUGUGUUAAAUAUUAUAAUAUUUGCUUUGGGAUGGUAUAUUCUUGGUCCAGGAUUGUAUGCUACUAUACAAAGUAUCAUUUGGUCCUAUCAAGAGAGUUUAUAUGGAAGGCCGUUUAGUUGUGUAUCAAAUGCUCUAUAG